AUGGCUUCUUCCUCAGCCUCUCAAUCUCUGCUCCGCGGCCCCGCAGUCCUCAUAAUCUGGGGCCAGGUACAGACCAACAGCCCGAGAUCGGAACGUCACAUGAACGAGUGGUGGACAAACGAGCACUUGCCAGAACGACUCGCACUGCCCGGCUUUCACCGCACGCGGCGGUACUAUCAUAGCUCUGCCGUGGAGGACGAGUCCAGAUUAGAGGCCUCGCGCGAGGAAGGUGGCGCUAGAGAUGAGAGCUCGCACUACCUGGUGACAUACGAGGUGUCGUCGCUGGACGCGCUCACCUCGCCGGAAUACAUGCAUGCGCUCAACAACCCGACUCCGGGGACGCAGAAGUACAUGCGCCUCAUGCGGGACAUGCAGCGCUCGGCCUGCCGCGUGUUGGUCUCCAUGUCGCAACAGGAAUUUGCAGGGUGCAAGGGCGGCGGCGUCGGGGGCACGUUGCGGCACGCCGUCUUCCAGGCCCCUUCAACCCCCGAGAUGCGCACAAAGCUGAAAGACUGGCUGCGCCGUGAUGGCUGGACAUUCCUCCAGACGACGUAUCCCAGCCUGCUGGCCAUGCAUCUGCUCGAACAUGACGAAAAGGCCAGCCGCUCCGGCAGUUCCACCAAAUCCUAUGACGGAGUCAACUUCCAGAAUUCCAACGGGGCCAGCGGUGCCGACAACAACAGCACGCGGUGGAUGCUGUUGUUCGAGUUCACAGAGCCCCUGGGCGCCCCGUUUGCGUAUUACCACGACGAAUGCCCCGACUUCGAUCAAGGCCUGGUGAACCACGACGUCGAUGUGGCCGAGGUGCAGAAACAAGAGUACGGGCUCCUCGUUGUGAUGGAGGAGUAA